CUGGAGAGGAUCAACUUGUCAGCUGCCCAGACUCUGAGAGCAGCCUUCAUCAAGGUAAGACACACAGGACCCAUGACCUCUAACCCCUUACCUCAUGAAUAUAUGACCUUUGCUCUUACGUAACCCCUGGGCUCUUUUUGCAUCUCAGUAGUCUAAAUCAAGGAUGGACAGCUUGAAUAAUCAGCAGAUCUAAUUGUGUGUUUGUGUUGCUAGGCGGAGAGGGAGAACCCAGGCCUAACUCAGGACAUCAUAAUGAAAAUUCUGGAGAAGAAAAACGUUCAGAUAAACUACACAGAGUCUCUGCUGCGCAUGGCUGCAGAUGAGGUGGAAGGUGUGUGUGUAUAAAAGUACCAGCACUAAGCAUCUGCUUACAAGGGCUUCAGCAUGUUUGUAGUUGUUUAUUAAAUGUACUCCUAUGUCCUAUCCCCUGUGUGUGUGUGUGUGUGUGUGUGUGUGUGUGUGUGUGUGUUUAUUUGUGUGUGUAGAGUUCUUAGUGGACAGGCCAGAGCAGGAGUUUCAGGACCUAAAUGAGAAAGCCAGAGCUCUGAAACACAUCCUCAGUAAGAUACCUGACGAGAUCAACGACAGGGUACGCUUCCUACAGACAAUUAAGUGAGUACACGCACACAGUAUACACUAACACACACACACCUUCAUUAGCAUUUCCUUGAAAUCCUGCUUUUGAUUGGUGUUGGUUGUUGGUUUCCAUAGAGACAUCGCCAGCGCUAUAAAGGAGCUCCUGGAUACAGUCAAUAACGUCUUUAAGAAAUACCAAUACCAGAACCGUAGGGUAAGACACACACAGGGACGUGCAAGUGGAAUAUACACUGAGUGGACAAAACAUUAGGAACCCCUGCUCUUUCCGUGACAUAAACUGACCAGGUGAAAAGCAAUGAUCCCUUAUUGAUGUCACUUGUUAAAUCCACUUCAAUCAGUGUAGAUGAAUGGGAGGAGACAGGUUAAAGAAGGACAUGGAUUGUGAAUGUGUGCCAUUCAGAGGGUGAAUUGGCAAGACAAAAUAUUUACGUGCCUUUAACCUGGGUAUGGUAGUAGGUGCCAGGCGCACCGGUUUGAGUGUGUCAAGAACUGCAACGCUGCUGGGUUUUUCACGCUCAACAGUUUUUGUAUCAAGAAUGGUCCAGCACCCGAAGGACAUCCAGUCAACUUGACACAACUGUGGGAAGCAUUGGAGUCAACAUGGGCCAGCAUCCCUGUGGAACACUUUCGACACCUUGUAGAGUCCAUGCCCUGACGUAUUGAGGCUGUUCUGAGGGCAAAAGGGGUUGCAACUCAAUAUUAGGAAGGUGUUCCUAAUGUUUUGUACACUCAGAGUAUUUCUUCCUUAUCUGUAAUGUGAUCAAUGGCUGCAAGGAGAGCUGAUAUCAUUGUGAAGGCUAUGUUCACAUCUGUCUGUCUCUUUUCUGUGUGUUCAGGCUCUUGAGCACCAGAAGAAGGAGUUUGUCAAAUACUCCAAAAGCUUCAGCGACACCCUCAAAACAUACUUCAAAGAUGGAAAGUGAGUCGUGUAGAGUAGAUUCAUAAGGACGCUGAAUAUAUAGAUGCAAAUCGAAAGCAGUGAAUUGUGAUUGGGGGAUUUUUUCCUUCUUCACAAAACAGAAGUUACUCAUCCCAUUGCAAAAAUACACUGAACAAAAAUAUAAACGCAACAUAAAGUGUUGGUCCCAUGUUUCAUGAGCUAAAGUAAAAGAUCCCAGAAAUGUUCCAUACGCACAAAAAGCUUAUUUCUCUCAAAUUUGUUUACAUCCCUGUUAGUGAGCAUUUCUCCUUUGCCAAGAUAAUCCAUCCAUCUGACAGGUGUGGCAUAUUAAUAACCUGAUUAAAUAGCAUGAUCAUUACACAGGUGCACCUUGUGCUGGGACAAAAAAGGCCACUCUAAAAUGUGCAGUUUUGUCACACAACACAAUGCCACAGAUGUCAUGUUUUGAGGGAGCGUGCAAUUGGCAUGCUGACUGCAGGAAUUUCCACCAGAGCUGUUGCCAGAGAAUUUAAUGAUAAUUUCUCUACCAUAAGCCGCCUCCAAUGUCGUUUUAAAGAAUUUGGCAGUACGUCCAACCGCAGACCAUGUGUAACCACGCCAGCCCAUGACCUCCACAUCCGGCUUCUUCACCUGCGGGAUCGUCUGAGACCAGCCACCCGGACAACUGAUGAAACGGUGGGCUUGCACAACCGAAUAAUUUCUGCACAAACAGAAACUGUCUCAGGGAAGCUCAUCUGCGUGCUCGUUGUCCUCCAUCAGGGCCUUGAUCUGACUGCAGUUUGGCGUCGUAAUCGACUUCAGUGGGCAAAUGCUUAACUUCGAUGGCCACUGGCACGCUGGAGAAGUGUGCUCUUCACGGAUGAAUCCCAGGUUUCAACUGUACCGGGCAGAUGGCAGAUGUUGUGUGGGCGAGCGGUUUGCUGAUGUCAACGUUGUGAACAGAGUGCCCCAUGGUGGCGGUUGGGUUAUGGUAUGGGCAGGCAUAAGCUACGGACAACGAACACAAUUGCAUUUUAUCGAUGGCAAUUUGAAUGCACAGACAUACGGUGGCAAGACCUUGGCCCAUUGUCAUGCCAUUCAUCUGCCGCUAUCACCUCAUGUUUCGGCAUGAUAAUGCACGGACCGAUGUCACAAGGAUCUGUACACAAUUCCUGGAAAUUGAAAAUGGCCUGCAUACUCACGAGACAUGUCACCCAUUGAGCCUGUUUGGGAUGCUCAGGAACAACUUGUAUGACAGCAUGUUCCAGUUCUCGCCAAUAUCCAGCAACUUUCCACAGCCAUUGAAGAGGUGUCGGACAACAUUCCACAGGCCACAAUCAACAGCCUGAUCAACUCUAUUCGAAGGAGAUGUGUUGCGCUGCAUGAGGCAAAUGGUGGUCACACAGGAUACUGACUGGUUUUCUGAUCCACACCCCUACCUGUUUUUUUAAGGUAUCUGUGACCAACAGAUGCAUAUAUCUAUUCCCAGUCAUGUGAAAUCCAUAGAUUAGGGCCUAAUGAAUUUAUUUCAAUUGACUGAUUUCCUUAUAUCAGUGGUCACCAACCUUUUCUGAGUCAAGAUCAUUUUUGCAGUCAAAAGCAAGCUCAGAUUUGUUUUAAACAUUACUUAAAAUGUAACAACCUAAUAAAAACAGUUCUGUAGGAAUGAGGUUUGUGCAGUAGGCCUAAUACAUUAUCACAGCAUAUUGGCGAUAUGCUUGGCCUGACAAUAUUGUUCUUCUCAGACCAUAUUAUAUUUCAAAACUCAAACUUUGAUAACAGAAUGGAUCAGUUGGUGUAGCACUUGCGAGGCACAGCUGAGCAUAAAUUGAAAUAAUUAGCGUUUUUAUUUUACUGGACUGAUGGUACCUGCGUCUGAUGGUCAAUGGCGCUUUCAAGACAACUGGGAACUCUGAAAAAAACGAGGUACAAUUAUGACGUCCAUGAUAUUCAGGUCGGAAAUUCUGAGCUCUAGAAAGAUACCCGAGUUUCCGAUUUGUAAUUCCCAGUUCAAAACGAUUCUUCCCAGUCGGAUCUAGUUUUUUUCAGAGUUCCCUGUUGUUUUGAACACAGCAUUAGUCUCAGCGGAGGGAGGGAGAGAGCAGCAGCGGGUCCGCCUCUCACGGUCCAUGCUCUCUCCUUCCUUGCCUCAGGUGAGACUGACCAGAGAGAGGGAACACCGUCUUCCACCUGAUGGCAAAACCAGUCGCAGCUCAUCUGCCUCAUGCACAAAUUCAUGUUGUUCCUAUGACCAGAGAAAGUGAAAUAUUCCUCUAUAUUAAAAUAGACAUGACGAGCUGCUAAUAACAAUAAAAACGCAGGGCUAUCGAUACACUUGGCUACUAAUUCAUUGCAGCUGCAGCGCGAGUGGUAGUACAGAGUACGUUUUAUGUUUUGUAAUAGUGCUGAAUAAAAACUGUGUUGACAGUGCUGAAUAAAAACUUUAACAUGAAUUCACUCAUAAAAACAGCAGCUCUUUGCUGUAUUCUUUGACAGUCGUUCUCUGAUCAUGGUUUUUAAAAGUUAUGAAAUCUCAUGUAGGCUAGUAUCAAACUUUGCUGGAAGCUGUAAAGUCCUAACCGACUUGCCAAAACUAUAGUUUGUUAACAAGACAUUUGUGGAGUGGUUGAAAAACGAGUUUUAAUGACUCCAACCUAAGUGUAUGUAAACUUCCGACUUCAACUGUAUGUGAGAAAGCUGUUCAUUGACUACAACUCAGCGUCCAACACUAUAGUGCCCACAAAGCCCAUCACUAAGCUAAUGAUCCUGGGACUAAAAACCUCCCUCUGCAACUGGAUCCUGGACUUCCUGACGUGCCGCCCCCAGGUGGUAAGGGUAGGCAACAACACAUCUGCAACACUGAUCCUCAACACUGGGCCCCCUCAGGGGUGCGUGCUUAGUCCCCUCCUGUACUCCCUGUUCACCCACGACUGCGCGGCCAAGCACAACUCCAACACCAUCAUUAAGUUUGCUGGCGACACAACAGUGGUAGGCCUGAUCACCGACAACGAUGAGACAGCCUAUAGGGAGGAGGUCAGAGACCUGGCAGUGUGGUGCCAGGACAACAACCUCUCCCUCAAUGUGAGCAAGACAAAGGAGCUGAUCGUGGACUACAGGAAAAGGAGGGCCGAACAGGCCCCCAUUAAAAUCGACGGGGCUGUAGUGGAGCGGGUCGAGAGUUUCAAGUUCCUUGGUGUCCACAUCACCAACAAUCUAUCAUGGUCCAAACACACCAAGACAGUCGUGAAGAGGACACGACAACACCUUUUCCCCCUCAGGAGACUGAAAAGAUUUGGCAUGUGUCCCCAGAUCCUCAAAAAGUUAUACAGCUGCACCAUCGAGAGCAUCCUGACCGGUUGCAUCACCACCUGGUAUGGCAACUGCUCGGCAUCUGACCGUAAGGUGCUACAGAGGGUAGUGCGUACGGCCCAGUACAUCACAGGGGCCAAGCUUCCUACCGUCCAGGACCUAUAUACUAGGCAUGUCAGUAGAAGGCCCAAAAAAUUGUCAAAGACUCCAGUCACCCAAGUCAUAGACUGUUCUCUCUGCUACCGCACAGCAAGUGGUACCGGAGCGCCAAGUCUAGGUCCAAAAGUCUCCUUAACAGCUUCUACCCCCAAGCCAUAAGACUGCUGAACAAUUAAUCAAAUGGCCACAAGGACUAUUUACAUUGACACCUCCCCCCUUUGUUUUUACACUGCUGCUACUCGCUGUUUAUUAUCUAUGCAUGGUCACUUUACCCCUACCUACAUGUAAAAAUUACCUCGACUAACCUGUACCCCUGCACAUUGACUCGGUACCGGUACGCCCUGUAUAUAGCCUCGUUAUUAUUUUAUUGUGUUACUUUUUAUUUUAUUUUAUUUUUUACUUUAGUUUAUUUAGUAAAUAUUUUCUUAACUCUAUUUUUUGAACUGCAUUGUUGGUUAAGGGUUUGUAAGUAAGCAUUUCACCGUAAGGUCUACACCUGUUGUAUUCGGCGCAUGUGAGAAAUAACAUUUGAUUUGAUUCGAUGUUGAGUUUAUAUUUUGUUCAGUGUGCAUUAAAUCUAUGAAUAUUAGUAGUGGGAAUGUUCUUACUAACUGUUUAUUUUACUAUGUCCACGAGAAACCAAUUAUUUAAGCAGGUUUAAAAUAUCAGGGCUAUUUUGAAAAAACUUUUUUGCUGACAGUGUAUUUUUGUUUUAUUUGCAGUUGUUAAAUAAUAAUAUAAAUGAACCAUCCUUGUUUCCAGGGCGAUCAACGUGUUCAUCAGUGCGAACAGACUGAUCCACCAAACCAACCUCAUUCUGCAGACCUUCAAGACCGUCAUAUAG